GAAACUGAGUCCCAGAGUGGCUAAGUGACUUGCUUGAGUUGGCAACUGGGAGCUUCAGGACUUGCCCGCAGCUGAGUCUGCUGUCAGGAGCAUGCCAUUCUGUCAGUGGAAGGCCGCCAGGAGCAGCAAGCCCAACGAGGACGUAGCUCAGCCCAUGGCUGCUGUGGGAGACCUGAAGGUGCUUCUGCACUGGGCCGGGCCUGGUGGUGGGGAGCCCUGGGUGACCUUCAGUGAGGCCUCGCUGACCGCCGAGGAGGUCUGCAUCCACAUUGCACACAAAGUCGGCAUCUCUCCUCCCUGCUUCAAUCUCUUCGCCCUCUUUGACGCCCAGGCCCAGGUCUGGUUGCCCCCAAACCACGUCCUGGAGACCUCCAGAGACACAAGCUUGGUGCUGUAUUUCCGCAUGAGGUUUUACUUCCGGAACUGGCAUGGCACGAAUCCUCAGGAGCCGACUGUGUACCGCUGUGGGCCCCCAGGAACUGAGGCGUCCUCAGACCCGACAGAGCAGGGCAUGCAGCUCCUGGACUCAGCCUCUUUUGAGUACCUCUUCGAGCAGGGCAAGCAUGAGUUUGUGAACGAUGUGGCAUCACUGUCAGAGCUGUCGAGCGAGGAGGAGAUUCACCACUUCAAGAACGAGAGCCUGGGCAUGGCCUUUCUGCACCUCUGCCACCUAGCUCUCCACCGUGGCGUCCCCCUGGAGGAAGUGGCCAAGAAGAUCAGCUUCAAGGACUGUAUCCCCCGUUCCUUCCGGCUGCAGAUCCGGCAGCACAGCACCCUGACGCGGCUGCGCCUGCGGAGCAUGUUUCGUAGUUUCCUGCGGGCCUUCCAGCCGGGCCGUCUCUCCCAGCAGGUGGUCAUGGUCAAGUACCUGGCCACGCUGGAGCGGCUGGCGCCCCGCUUCGGCACAGAGUGUGUGUCCGUGUGCCACCUGCAGCUGCUGGCCCAGGCCGAGGCGGGGUCCUGCUGCGUCCAGGACAGCAGGCAGGCCCCUGUGGAUCCCAGCUCCAAGACCGCUGCCAGGCCCCUGACCCACGAAGUGCUGGUGACCGGUACAGGUGGCAUCCAGUGGCGGCCAGUGUGGGAGGUGAGGGGUUCCACCAGUAGCAGCGGCGCUGGCAGGAAUCCCCAAGCUGACCUGUUUGGAAAGAGCGCCAAGGUACCUGAGGCAGGUGGCCAGUCAGUGGCCAGGCCACGGGAGCCACCCUGGACCUACUUCUGUGACUUCCGGGACAUCACCCACGUGGUGCUGAAGGAGUGCCGUGUCGGCAUCCACCGGCAGGACAACAAGUGUCUGGAGCUGGGCCUGCCCUCCCGUGCUGCUGCCCUGUCUUUCGUGGCCCUGGUGGAUGGCUAUUUCCGUCUGACGGCUGACUCCAGCCACUACCUGUGCCAUGAGGUGGUGCCUCCCCGGCUGGUGAUGAGCAUCCGGGAUGGCAUCCACGGACCCCUGUUGGAGCCGUUUGUGCAGGCCAAGCUGCGGCCGGAGGACGGUCUCUACCUUAUCCACUGGAGCACCAGCCACCUCCACCGGCUGAUCCUCACGGUGGCCCAGCGUGGCCCGGACCAGAGCCUGCGUCUCCGCAAGUUCCCCAUUGAGCAGCGCGCUGGCGCCUUCGUGCUGGAGGGCUGGGGCCGGCCUUUCCCCAGUGUGAGGGAGCUGCGAGCCACCCUACAGGGCUGCUCGCUGCGUGCCAGAGAUGACUGCUUCUCCCUGCGCUGCUGCUGCCUGCCCCGGCCGGGAGAGAUCUCCAACCUCAUCAUCACAUGGGGACCUCGGGCAAGCGGCAGGCCGCUCAACCUCAGCCAGCUCACCUUCCAUCGGGUGGGCCACAACGAGAUCACCCAGCGGUCCCACCUGGGUCAGGGCACGAGGACCAACGUGUACGAAGGCCUCCUGCGAGUGGAGGGCGGGGGCCCCGAGGAGGGCACGGUGGACAGCGGGGACACCCUGGUACCUGGUGGGGAUCGUGAGCAGGAGCUCCGCGUGGUGCUCAAAGUGCUGGACCCUAGUCACCACAACAUUGCUCUGGCCUUCUACGAGACAGCCAGCCUCAUGAGCCAGGUCUCCCACGCACACCUGGCCUUCGUGCAUGGCGUCUGCGUGCGCGGCCCUGAGAACAUCAUGGUGACGGAGUAUGUGGAACAUGGGCCCCUGGACAUGUGUCUGCGGCGAGAGCGGGGCCGCGUGCCCGUGGCCUGGAAGUUGGCUGUGGCCCAGCAGCUGGCCAGCGCCCUCAGCUACCUGGAGGACAAGAGCCUGGUUCACGGUAAUGUGUGUGGCCGGAACAUUCUACUGGCACGAUUGGGGCUGUCAGAAGGCACCAGCCCCUUCAUCAAGCUGAGCGACCCCGGCGUGGGCCUGUGUGCCCUCUCCAGGGAAGAGCAGAUCGAGCGGAUACCCUGGCUGGCACCUGAGUGCCUGCUGGUUGGGGCCAGCAGUCUGAGCACUGCCACCGACAAGUGGGGCUUUGGUGCCAGCCUCCUGGAGAUCUGCUUUGACGGGGAGGUGCCCCUGCAGGGCUGCGGCCCCUCUGAG